UCAUGCCUUUUGGGCUGCGUAAUGCGGGGGCCACAUUUACAAGAAUGAUCUCUUUAUUAUUCAAGGAGGUCCUGGGACAGAUCAUGGAGGCUUAUGUGGAUGACCUAUUGAUCAAAAGUAAGCAAGCAGCGGACCAUCCUAAACACUUGGAGAAGUGCUUUAGCAUCAUGAGGAAGCAUAAUUUGAGAUUGAACCCUAAAAAAUGUGCCUUUGGGGUCCAGGGAGGAAAAUUCCUUGGUUACAUUAUGAGCAAGAAAGGGAUUGAGGUCAAUCCGGACAAGUUGAAGGUCAUCCAAGACAUGGAACCACCAACGAAUUUGAGGGAAGUCCAGAGAUUAGCGGGGAGGAUAGCAGCCUUAGGUAGGUUUCUUGCGCGGUCCGCGGAGCGGUCCCUGCCCUUCUUCACGAUUUUAAAGGGAGGGGGAAACUUCCAGUGGACCGCAGAGUGCCAAGAGGCCUUUGAACACUUGAAGGAAUAUUUGAGCUCUCCACCGGUCCUCUCCAAGCCAUUGGCAGGGGAUGUCCUUUUCUUAUACUUGGGGGUGGCCCACCUGGCAGUGAGUUCGGUCCUCUUGAGGGAAGAAGGAGUCCAAAAGCCAGUUUAUUACACGAGCAGGGCCUUAAGAGGACCGGAAACAAGGUACACUCCCUUGGAAAAAUGUGUUUUGGCGGUGGUGGUAACUGUCAAGAGGUUGACUCCCUAUUUCCAAGCUCACCCAGUGAGAAUCAUGACGGACCAGCCUUUGGGAGCAGUUUUGAGGGACCCAUCUUCUUCGGGAAGGGUCAUUAAGUGGGCCAUGGUCCUCUCUCAAUAUGAUAUUUCUUACCAGCCCCGUUCUGGAAAGAAGGGCCAGGUCAUUGCAGAUUUUAUGGUGGAGUGCACAGCAAGAGGGAAGCCAGAAGAGGAUGGGACCGGUCAGGAGAGAAAAAGGGAAUUAUGGGAGGUCCAUUCAGAUGGAUCCUGCACUAAAGACGGUUCAGGAGGAGGAGCGGUCCUCACCUCCCCUGAAGGUUUCAAGGCUUAUCAUUCCUUUAAGUUCA